UAUUUACCAUUUUUCAAAAAAAUUCAAUCCAGACGAGUUAUCCGAAGGUUUCCAUACAUUUGACUCACCCUGUAUGUACAAAUGGACAGGUGAAACUAUUAAAAAAGCACUACGGCUUAAACAUGCAUGUGGAGAUAAUGGAUACAAGGAAUUAUUACGUGAAUAUUUUCCUUUGCCUGCAACUCGUACUCUGCGUAAUCGCCUGGAAUGCAUUUCUUUUAAAGAUGGAAUUUGUGAUGAAGUUUUCGAUUUAUUAAAAGAGAAGGUAUCAAACUUUCCGGAUGAACGACAUAGCGAUUGCAUGAUUUGUGUUGAUGAAAUGAGUUUGACACCAGGUGAACAAAUAGAUCCUUGCACCAAUCAUACUAUUGGAUAUGCUACAAUUCCAGAUAAAUUUGGUAAAUCCUUUCCUUAAUUUAAAAGCAUUCUAAAUACUAUAGUUACUAUUACAAUAAUUACUAUUACCAUUACUAUAAU